UCUCCCUUAUGCCUUGGGUAUUGUGUCUCUUCGACUCUCUACAGUUCAUUCAAGGUGUUGGGAAGCUUCUCCCCCAAACUUUCUCGAGCUUAAUUUUGAUGGGACUUCUAAUCAUUUGGUGUGGGUGGAGCUGGUUUCAUUUUACAGAACGUGCAUAACAAAAGCUUAACUUGCCUCUUGGAGUUGGAGACCCACUUCUGCUCGAAGCUCAGGCAGCCCGCUUAGCUCUCCUUUUUGCAGUAGAAUUGGGAGUCUCUUUUAUCAUUCUCGAGCGAGGGAGAUUCUUCGUCUCAGACAUCUUUAAAGAUUGCAAACUCCUUAUGUCGAGCAUCCCUCACUGUUCGGUUCAUUGGAUCUCUCGUGGCCGUGGGGCUAACCAUGCAGCGCACAAAUUGGCCACUCUUCUCUUUUUACUUGGUCUUUGCCCCCUGAAUUUCUUAUUGAUACUUUUGUCUUCGUAUUGUAAUACCGAGCAGUUUUCUUAAUGAAGUAAGCUGUCAUCACUCUGAUGACAGGCUUGCUUGCCUUCAAAAAAUAUAUUUAACCAGCAUAUAACGGUCGUUUCGUUUGUUAAGUUAACCGAUGGUAUGCUAAUUGGUCGACCAAUGGAGGGGCAAAGUAUUGGAAUAUGAGAAUUCAAGGGGCUUUGUGUCGCUGCCCCAAAUUACGGAGAGUGAAGCUGCAGUGAUUGAGAGAGAAAGUCAGUGGUUUUCCAUGGACGUUAACGGAAAAGCUACUCUGAACACUGACAAAACGGUCGCAAAGAGGAACGCUAAUGAUGGGGUUGAAGUGGUUGUAAUGAUCUCAGGCGAAGGAGAAGCUUCGGAAGCGAACAGAGAAGCUAAAACACGCAUAUCAAAAGAUGCAGGAGCUUGUUACUCCUAUUUGAAGGAUUCAGAAGCUUUAGCUCGGAAGAAUACUAGCUUGGGAUCUCCAGCUUCAAAUGCAGGACCCUCGGAGCUGGACGGACUUAAAUCCGAAAUGCAACUGUCAACACUCAUGAGCUGCCCUUAUCCAGAUAUGCCAGAGGUUGUUCCAAGUGCAAACAAGCCUCCCAAAAUCUCAACAGAAGGCUUAGUUCAGAGAAAGUCGAUGUCGAGGUCUGUUUUUUCCAAACCCAAAUCUAGAUUUGUUGAUUUGUCUGGUCCUACUACAGUGAAUCUGGUUGAAGAGAACACCUUACCGAACCAAGCUUCCAAACCGCCGUACCUGUCAUCGCCUAAAAGGGCUUCUCCGACUAAUAGUAUCACUUCCACAACUCCCAGAGAAAAUUUACGGACAGCUCCUGUGACACCAAAAACGCCAUUGAUGGCGUCACCUGGGCGAAUAGGAGAAGAUGAUGAUGACGAAGAUAUUUACAAAAACGUUCCAGUGGAGAAAAAACCACGCAAGAAACUGAAAAUUAGGCUUCUAAUUGAGUGGAUUCCUUUUAUAUGCCUUAUGAGUUUCCUAGUUGCGAGCUUAACCGUCCACAAGUUGGAAAACACCAUGAUUUGGGGUUUGGGAAUUUGGAAAUGGUGUGUACUGGUAAUGGUUAUAUUCUGUGGUAGAUUGGUUACGGAGUGGUUUAUUAAUGUUUUGGUUUUCUUGAUUGAAAAGAACUUCUUGCUUAGGAAGAAGGUUCUUUAUUUUGUCUAUGGGUUGAAAAAAAGUGUUCAGGUCUGCAUUUGGUUGGGUUUGGUUCUUCUUACUUGGGCUUUGUUGAUCAACCGUGGUGUCAAACGAUCGGCGCACACUACAAAGAUUCUGAAUUAUGUCUCUAGAGCUUUAGCAUCUUCUCUGAUCGGAGCAGUUAUAUGGAUGAUAAAGACUUUGUUGCUAAAGAUAUUAGCUUCUUCUUUCCAUGUUACUACAUUCUUUGAUCGGAUUCAAGAAUCAAUCUUCCAUCAAUAUGUCCUUCAGAUCCUCUCUGGGCCUCCAUUGAUGGAGUUAGCAGAGAGGGUUGGAAGCUCAGAUAGUACGGGGCAAUUGAAUUUCAGGAAUGCAAAGAAAGGAAAAGAGGGGGAAGGACAAGAAGUCAUUGAUGUUGUGAAGCUUCAAAAAAUGAAGCAAGAGAAGGUUUCUGCUUGGACCAUGAGGGGGCUUAUUGAUGUGAUAAGGACUUCAGGAUUGUCAACAAUCUCAAAUACACUUGAUGAGAGCAUUGAUGAUGAAGGAGGUCAGCAGAAAGACAAGGAAAUCACCAGUGAGUGGGAAGCAAAAGUUGCUGCUUAUCAGAUUUUCAGGAACGUUGCAAAGCCUGGUAGCAAAUAUAUUGAGGAAGAGGACCUCCAGAGAUUCUUGAAAAAGGAGGAAGUAGGUAAUGUACUGCAAUUGUUUGAAGGAGCUGCUGAGACCAGAAAGAUUAAGAAAUCAGCUUUAAGGAACUGGGUGGUAAAAGUUUACCUUGAACGCAAGUCACUAGCACAUUCCUUAAAUGAUACAAAUACAGCUGUAAGACAGUUGAAUAAAGUAGUCUCUGCAGUUGUCAUUGUGGUGAUUAUUAUUGCGUGGCUUCUUUUGAUGGGAAUUGUUACUACCCAAGUGCUUGUCUUCAUCUCAUCUCAGCUUUUUCUGGUGGUUUUCAUGUUUGGAAACACCUGCAAGACAGUAUUUGAAGCUAUCAUAUUUGUGUUUGUGAUGCACCCAUUUGAUGUUGGUGACCGUUGUGUCAUUGAUGGGGUUCAGAUGAUUGUUGAAGAGAUGAACAUUCUAACCACAGUCUUCUUGAGAUAUGACAAUGAAAAGAUAUACUAUCCAAAUUCAGUCUUGGCUACAAAACCAAUCAGCAAUUUCUAUAGAAGCCCAGAAAUGAGUGACUCUGUUGAGUUCUCUGUUGAUUUUUCAACUUCAGUGGAAAGUCUUGGAGCUCUAAAAACUAGAAUAAAAGCGUAUAUAGAUAACAAACCACAGCACUGGCAUCCUAACCAUAGUGUGGUGGUGAAGGAGAUUGAGGAUGUGAACAAGAUGAAGAUGGCUCUCUAUGUUCUUCAUACCAUGAACCAUCAGAAUUAUGGGGAGAAGACCAAAAGGAGAUCUGAACUAGUUGUUGAGCUGAAGAAAAUAUUUGAAGAGCUUGACAUUAAGUAUCAUCUUCUACCUCAAGAAGUUCACCUGAACUAUAUAGGGUCUUCAACAACUCCAGCAGCUAUUGGACGGUGAUGAUGGCGAGAGCUAUGGUGUAUGAUUCCAGUUAUUUUGCUACAUGUGUGAUGAGAGUACAUGACUAUCUCAGAUUAUGUAAAACAGGUUUUAACAGAGUGGGAGGUGACUUGGUGGUUGAGGAAAUGUUCAAGUGAGACUGGACUUAUCGACUUCAGUUUCUGAUUUGGAAAUCAAGCAUUCACGUGGAUUUUUGUAUCUGUAGAAAUACAAAGUUUGCGUUUAUUAUUUCAUUUUUUUCAUGUCAUUCUUUCAAUCUUUGAAUGUUACCUCUACUGCUUGUGCCCUGAGUGAGGACUUGAUUUAAUAUAGCUUUGCGUUCAAUUGUCAGCUGGUACCUUUAAUUGGGCCCUGAUUGAGGAAAUGUUCAGCUUGUGCCCUGAGCUUUGGAGUUUGA